CGAGAGAGAGAGAGACAGAGAGAGAGAGAGGGGGGAUCGAACGGUGGCGGCUCCGGCAGCCAUUUUAGAGCUAUCUCGCUAACCAAUAUACAUCUUCUGGAUAUUUCUUCAUAAAGUGAAUAAUAUUGCACGGCGUGAAAGGGGAGCAGUAACACCGAUUCAGCCCUUUCGUUCUUUAAAACAAAGACGGGAUGCAAAUCCGUAGGUAUAAACCCCUCGUUUGUGCAAUCGGACUGGUCCUUGGACUGUUAUGCGUGGCGGAGGCAUCCAAAGUAAAUAAACAUAAGCCAUGGAUUGAGACCACAUAUCACGGCAUUGUCACGGAAAAUGAUGACAAAGUUCUCCUGGAUCCUCCACUCAUAGCCCUGGAUAAGGAUGCCCCGUUGCGCUAUGCAGACAGUUUUGAGGUGACCUUCACCAAAGAAGGGGAGAUUUGUGGCUUCCGGAUUCACGGCCAAAACGUGCCAUUCGAGGCGGUGAUGCUGGACAAGUCGACGGGAGAGGGAGUGAUCCGGACCAAGGAGAAACUGGACUGUGAGCUUCAGAAGGAGCACACGUUCACCAUCCAGGCCCAUGACUGCGGGGAGGGGCCUGAUGGAAGCAACAUGAAGAAAUCCCACAAGGCCACCGUCCACAUCCAGGUGAACGACGUGAAUGAGUACUCGCCCGUGUUCAAGGAGAAGACUUACAAGGCCACAGUCAUCGAGGGAAAGAAGUACGACAACAUCCUGAAGGUGGAGGCGGUGGAUGCUGACUGCUCCUUCCAGUUCAGUCAGAUCUGCAACUACGAGAUCGUCACUCCCGACGUGCCCUUCACCAUCGACAAGGAUGGCAACAUCAAGAACACAGAGAAGCUGAACUACAGCAAGGAGCGCAUGUACAAGCUGACGGUGACAGCCUACGACUGUGGCAAAAACCGCGCGUCGGAGGACGUCCUCGUCAAGAUCAACAUCAAACCCACCUGCAAACCAGGCUGGCAAGGCUUUAAUAAACGUGUGGAGUACGAGCCAGGCACAGGCAGCUUGGCACUCUUCCCAAGCAUUCAGCUGGAGACCUGUGAGGAGCCCAUCACCUCCAUCCAGGCCAGCAUCGAGCUGGAAACCAACCACAUCGGCAAGGGCUGUGACCGGGACACCUACUCAGAGAAGUCCCUGCACCGGCUGUGCGGUGCCAGCUCAGGCACCGUAGAGCUGCUGCCUGCUCCGAGCAGCACUGCCAACUGGACUUCCGGCGUGCCCACCGACAACGGGCACGACAGCGACCUGGUGUUCGAGUUUAACGGCACCCAGGCCAUCAGGGUCCCCGAGAGCAUGGUGAGCACCAGCCUGAGGGAGCCGUUCACCCUCUCUGUGUGGAUCCGACAUGGCCCCAGCAGCAGGGAGAAGGAGACCAUCCUCUGCAACUCCGACAAGACAGAGAUGAACAGGCAUCACUAUUCGCUGUACGUGCACAACUGCCGCCUCGUGUUUCUCCUGCGCCAGGAACCCAGCGAGUCCGAGAGCUACAAACCAGCAGAGUUCCACUGGAAACUGGACCAGGUGUGUGAUAAAGAGUGGCACCACUACGUGCUGAACGUCGAGUUCCCCGCCGUGGCUCUGUUUGUCGACGGUGCCUCCUUUGAGCCGUUCCUGGUCACAGAGGACUACCCUCUCCACACCUCCAAGAUCGAAACGCAGCUCACUAUCGGCGCCUGCUGGCAAGACCUAUCAGGACACGACAAUGACAGCGUCUCAGAGCCUUUCACAGGAGGCAGUGCCCACAUGACCCAGUACUUCCAAGGCAGCUUGGCCGGCCUCAUGAUCCGCUCCGGCAAGCUGGAGGACAAGAAGGUGAUCGACUGCCUGUACACCUGUAAGGAGGGCCUGGACGUGCAGCUGCCCGAGGAGGUGGCUUCUGCCGUGAAGGUGGAGUUUAACCCCAACCAGGCCUCGUUGACCCUGGAGGGGGAUGACAUCGAGAGCGUCGAGAAGGUCAUGCAGCACAUUUCUUACCUGAACUCCAGGCAGUUCCCCACGCCAGGGAUACGGCACCUCCGCAUCACCACCACUGUCAAGUGCUUCAACGAGGAGACGUGCAUCUCCAUGCCCGACGACGAGGGCUACGUCAUGGUCCUCCAGCCCGAGGAGCCGAAGAUCAGCCUGCGCGGCAUUGACCACUUUGCCCGCAGCGCCGUCGAGUUCGAGAGUGUCGAGGGCGUCACGCUGUUCCCGGAGCUGCGUGUCAUCAGCACGAUCACGCGCGAGGCCGAGGCCGAGGCCGAGGGGGAGGACGAGCCCACAGUGCAAGAGACUGUGGUUUCUGAGGAGAUCAUGCACAACCUGGAUACGUGUGAAGUAACGGUAGUGGGGGACGACCUUGACGGAGAGCACGAGAGUCUCGAGGUGGACCUGGCACAGGUGCAGCAGAGAGGCCUGGAGGUCAGCUCCACCAACGUGGGCGUGGUCAUCACUGGUGUGAACACCAUGGCAAACUACGAGCAGGUGCUGCACCUGAUCCGCUACAGGAACUGGCACACGGAGACGCUGUUUGACAGGAAGUUCAAGCUGGUCUGCUCCGAGCUCAACGGCCGCUACAUCAGCAAUGACUUCAAGGUCGAGGUCAGCAUCAUCCACACAGCCAACCCCAUGGAGCAUGCUAACAAUGCCAUGUGGCAGCCUCAGUUCAUCAACCAAGUCAAGCACGCGUCCGUGGACCUGUCCGGACACAACCUGGCCAACACACAUCAGGCUUCAGUCGUGCCCAGUGCUGCCACCAUCGUCAUCGUGGUGUGUGUGAGCUUCCUGGUGUUCAUGAUUAUCCUGGGUGUAUUUCGGAUCCGGGCCGCACACCAGCGCACCAUGAGAGACCAGGAGAGCGGCAAAGAGAAUGAGAUGGACUGGGACGAUUCAGCCCUCACCAUCACAGUCAACCCUAUGGAGACUUAUGAGGACCAACACAGCAGCGAGGAAGAGGAGGAAGAGGAAGAGGAGAGCGAGGACGGCGAGGAGGAAGACGACAUCACCAGCGCCGAGUCAGAGAGCAGCGAGGAUGAAGAGGGGGUGGAGCAGGAGGACCAGCAGGGCACCAGCCGACAGCAACAGCUGGAGUGGGACGACUCCACCCUCACCUACUGACACACAUGACCUCCAUCACACGCACACCUGUACACACACCUCCACCUGCUUAUUCACUGUCUCACCUCUCCACCUGCGGGGAGUCCCCUUGCCUACCUACAGAGCCAUGAGUUCAAAACAACAAAAAUGUUCUUCAGGCUGAGAACAUGAAUACAUAUAUAUUUAGUGUCUGUGGUGACAGAUGUUGCAGAGUCAACUUCAUUUCCAUUGGCCAGGGCUUCUCUGGUAUCAGCUUAGUGGUGAUAUUCAGUGUAGUAUAGUUAUCACAUAAUAGCUGAAUGCAAGUUUUUAAAUUAUUUCUUGUUUUUUAACCAAGGGAAACCUGGCCUAGAUUUGUUUUUUUUAUUUCUUAUUUGUAUUACUAGCUAUGUAAGGAUACAGCCUUGCACUUUUUCCUUUUACAUGUUAAGUCUUUCAAAUUGAGAAUGAUUUUAUGUAUAUUGCACAUGAAUUUGUAAUUGGUUUGCUACAGGUCCUUUCGAGAAGCUUCGGCGUGCUGUUUUUCCCUGCGUGUGCUCUGUCCUGGAGACAGGAAGGCCAAGACGCUUCUUGCUCACCGUUGACCUUUUUCUUCUGUUUUUUUUUUUGGUCCUUCUCUCUAUAGUGCAUGAGAAAAUUUGCAAAGUCCUGCAUAGAGAAAAAGAAGAUUGCUUUUUGAUAUUUUGUAAAUACAAUGAAACCAUGUAAUUAGUUGUGUGUCAGUGCGAAGCCUAACCGAUGGUGUCCAGUAUCCAAAGCGCCACAGCACCCGCUGUAUGAUUAGCGUCACAGAGCCCACGGCAUGUUUCGGACAAUUUAGCAGAGCUCUUCCAUCAUGCUUGUGUGACAUGUCUUCUUGACAGAGAGAAACCCAUGACAGAGGCUGAGGUUUCUGUGGCAAAAUGUUGCUCAUUUGGUCUUGUUUCUUGGAGGUGGGUAUCUAUUGCUUUGUUUUAUGUUUUUAUUUAAAUGGAGUGGGUGAGCGUGGACUCGGUUCAGUGUUUUGGUUAUACUUUAAACAGUACAAAUACUAUGACUGAGACUCUGAUGAUUCUAGUUCUCAUGAAGGUCCGUUGUUGGACAGAGGUUUCUGUUUUGGAGACGCUGAAUAGUCACGUUCAGGUGAUGACUAUACAUUUGUUUUAUGAGUGGUACUGUGUGUUGUAUAGUUCAGGCACACUGCAGGCGUUUAAGCCAGUGGUAGCAAGAAUUUUUCCUAUAAUGCUGUCUGCUCGGUCACGAUCCAUUCGGACCGCACCGAUCUUACUCAAGUUUGGACAAAAGGAGCUUCCAUAGUUUGCCAAUUCUGUUAGCUUUAAUUCUGCUUUCUGUAAACAAAAUUCCUGCUGAAAAAUAAUCAGUUAAUUGAACUGCUAAAAUUUCAUGGACGCUUGUUCUUUAAAGUCUGUUUAAGCUUGUUUUAAACCUUUAUUGGCAUUCUGUCCUUCCUUGGCCUCAGAGGAAUCGUCCUUUGGAACAUACAUUAAUAUGAAUACUUGAGAAAACAUACAGGUAUUCAGCAACAGGUAAUCUUAAAACACCAAACUUUCUUUGCAGUACUUUACUAAGUUUUGCUGUACUUGGAGCUCUACUGUACAUGUUUGUUUACGUUUGGUAUAUUUUUUAUCCUCCUGGUGUCGGUUUGAAUCUCUGCAGGCUGUGUGCAGGUCAUUUCCACAUAGAUCCUUCUAAAGUAUCACUUUUGUUCUUGUUACCUGCAGUGUACAGCCAGGCCCUUGGAAUUAUGUCCGCACAAUUAUAGGCAGUCUGAAGAAAAUUAAGCUUUGAAGAUAAUGUUGGCUUGCAGCAUCUUCAUACAUGGUACUUAAUUCAGACAACUAGUUUCUUGAUUCCUUGGAAUCUUUGGACAUUCUCAAUUUAUUGCAAAACAAACAAACCGUAAACAUAUAUACUUGUCACAGAUUAGUAAGAAAAGGUCUAUUUUAUGACCCGGUGAAAAGGCAAGUAUACUGAUGUCAAAAAUUAUUUCCUUUAUUCAUGUUUCUUUCUUCCUUUUUUUUUUUUUUGGUUACAUUCACAACCAAUAAUUCCCCUUCAGAAAAAACCCCAAUAACCCCCCCCCCCCCCCCCCCCCCCCGAAAAAAAACUAAAUAAAUAAACAGGGCCUGCGGGCUCUAGAUUUUAGCUGGCGGAGUUGGGAGUGCCUUUUGCCUAUCACUGCGCAUUACUAACAUAACUAACUAAACACUCAUCCACACUAUUCGAGCUGUGGCCAUCUCCUUCUUUUGUAAUUAUUUAAUAUUAGAUUUUACAGUUGUAGGGGAAUGAUUUUUGUUCAAAUAGGGGGCUGCAGCUAGUUUUAUCAUAAGUGGUUGUUUUAAUUGUCCUACAUAGGUGUCCUGUGUUCAUGUUGAUGUGUAGAGAAAGUAGGUCCAUAUUGUAUCAUCAAUAAAUAUUGUACUAAAUCAUGUUUGAGUAAAUCCACUUCUAAAGAGAUGUAUAUUAUUGAAGUUCUUUAGGCGGCAUAUGUGGAUAUGAAUUUAACAACCUGUAUAGUGAAAGCUCAUUCUGAAGUGUAAAAUCUGACUUCUUGACCAAGACUCAGAGGGAAGCAUAAGCUUUAUAACUGGUAAAAUGACCUUUUCCCCUCCACACACAUUUCUUGCGCAAACUAUGUAGCGAGCUCUGAGAUCUCUCACAUGGUUUUCAUAGGGUAUUUUGUACAUGUAACUUUUUGUGCAACUUUGAAACAUUCUUUCUUAAAACCAUCAGAUGAUACCAGACCAUUCCAUGAAACCAGGUUUGAGUUAAAGGAAAACUGCAGUUAAUUCUCUUCCCAGUACAGUUGGUCAUAUGGGGGUAGGUGAGCCAUGACCCUCUCAUAAGAUUUCCUGAGCAAGUUUGCCCAUUUCAUGCCCAUCAAAUAUUCACAUCAUUCUGUUUUAUAUGCUAAAGCGUCCAUACCUGAUCUAGAAAUCUAAACACAAGUGUGUGAAUAUGUGGGUAUGUAAUGGGCCAUUGACUUUGCAUGAAUAAUUCAGAUACAUUUCUCAUGCAUUAUACACAGAACUGUGGACUUCAGAGGGUAAUACAGAGACUAUACUACUGAAUCAAAGCUCGCCCAUUUCACAGAUUCACACCUUUCAAAUGUCAUUGUCUUUCAGAUUGCUUUUAUUUUUUGCUCUUAAAACAUAAGGUGGGGAGUGGUCUUGAAAUGUUGGAUGCUGCCCUCGUGCUCAUUCACUUUUCUACCGUUCAAAGGCAAACUGUAGUGAAGUUGAUGCUUGCUCAUGAACAAAAUAAAGGAUGAGGAGAUGGGAUUAAGUGUGACGCUGCAA